CAAUCCCAUGCUAGACUGUCAACCUAGCCGGAAAUGGGCUACCUGCUCUGGUUGCAAUUAAAUUAAAUUAAAUUACGUAUCAGGCGUCAGGCAAACAAUUAUGGAUUCCCGCAUUCCGCCGCAUCCAAUCUUUUAUCGUAUAAUACACUCCAGCAGCUGUUAGGAGACAGACCGCUGCUGACACAAAGAUCAAUCUUGCUCGGCUGUAUUCCCCUUUGCGAUGCCGUUAGGCUUCCGUUGGCAAAUUUUAUGGUGGUAUCAUUUGUUGCCCGCCGCACUGAUAUAAUUAAUCUGAAUAACCAAAACAAACUGUAAAUCAAUAGAUGAGAUAUUCAACUCGUGUAUGCAAGAUCAUUCGCUAAUUGAUCAUUUGCUACAUCGUGAGAGUGAACAACGCAUCUUGCGGUACGUCUGGCGUUUUACUGUUUUGAUACCGUUUGCAAAGGUCACCAAUGUUCCUACACAUGUAAACGAUGGAAGGAUUCUGGCUGCGGGGUACAAUCAUGCACCCGACAGUUCAUUGAUUGAGCCGGCAGUUAACGAGGCGUUUAUUACGGUAUAAUGGAUCUCUUUCAUGUGUGCCGAACAGUUAUGCUUUCCGGUUGCGGUUUGCAGUUGUGGAAAUAUAGUGUGUGGAUAUUUCUAUUUCAUAUUCCAUUCGGUUACUGUAUGCGCUGCUACUUCUGUUCCACAACCAACAUCAACGACCACUGCGUAACCAAUCCGGGACUGGAAACGCUGCCAUAUGCGGCGGACUGUCAGAAAUCUUUCUGUCUGAAGACGGAGAUUUAUUUUCCCAAUGGGACAUUCAUGAGUUUGGCGCGGGAUUGCAUUGAUACGGCUAUGCAUUCAGGCUGCCUAAAGGGAUCAUCGGCAGAGGAAAAUCUUGAUCAAAUUGCCAAUUACGGGAAGACUGUGGACAAGCAGAAAGAAUUUCGAGUUUGCUCAUAUUUUUGCUCCAAAGAUUUAUGCAAUGCCGGCAGACGCUCGUUGAUGAAAGGCGGACUGAGCAUGCAUAUUGCUGUGUUAAUAACGACCGUACUCACAGUGUUUAUGUCUGCCUAACUCGAUCAGCCGAUAGUAUGGAACUUUAUUUGAAAAUUUCAAAAAAACCAUUUUGCCAAAUGAUUUAUUUGUAGCACUGCAAUAACUUGCUGCGACGUCUGUGUAUGUCUAAUGU